AUGAGCGAGCUGGGCGCGCAGAGGACCAGCGAGGGCACCGUUUCCCGCCUGCUCAAUGUGGUGGAGAGCGAGCUUCAGGCGGGGAGGGAGAAAGGCGACCCCACCGAGAAGCAACUUCGGAUCACCCUGGAGGACGCGCCCCUUUGGCAGAGGUUCAAGGAAGUCACUAACGAAAUGAUCGUGACCAAAAAUGGCAGACGGAUGUUCCCUGUUCUAAAGAUCAGUGUCACGGGACUGGACCCCAAUGCCAUGUACUCGCUCCUGCUGGACUUUGUCCCCACGGACAGCCACCGCUGGAAGUACGUCAAUGGCGAGUGGGUGCCCGCGGGCAAGCCAGAGGUCUCCAGCCACAGCUGCGUCUACAUCCACCCCGACUCCCCGAAUUUCGGGGCCCACUGGAUGAAGGCUCCCAUCUCCUUCAGCAAAGUGAAGCUGACCAACAAGCUCAACGGAGGUGGGCAGAUAAUGCUGAAUUCCCUGCAUAAAUACGAACCCCAGGUUCACAUAGUGCGCGUGGGAGGUGCCCACCGAAUGGUCAUGAACUGCUCCUUCCCGGAAACCCAGUUCAUAGCGGUGACUGCCUAUCAGAACGAGGAGAUAACAGCUCUCAAGAUCAAGUACAACCCUUUUGCCAAGGCCUUCUUGGAUGCCAAGGAGCGAAACCACCCCAAAGACAUUCCGGAGGCUGUCUGUGAGAGCCAGCACGUGGCCUACUCUCACCUGGGAGGCUGGAUCUUUUCCAAUCCGGAUGGCGUGUGCGCAGCAGGAAAUGCCAGUUACCAGUAUGCGGCGCCCGUGCCCCUGCCUGCUCCCCACACCCACCACGGCUGCGAGCACUACUCUGGACUCCGAGGGCACCGGCCGGCUCCCUAUCCUUCUGCGUAUGUGCACAGGAACCACUCUCCCUCAGUGAAUUUGAUAGAAAGCUCAAGCAAUAAUCUGCAAGUCUUCUCGGGACCUGACAGCUGGACUUCCUUGUCCGCCACACCGCACGCCAGCCUCCUGUCUGUGCCCCACUCCAACGGACCCGUCAACCCAGGGCCCAGCUCCUAUCCCUGCCUCUGGACCAUCAGCAAUGGAGGCGGGGGCCCUGCUGGGUCAGGCCCGGAGGCCCACGCCAGCACCCCAGGAGCCUUUCUCCUUGGUAACCCAGCCGUGACCUCUCCCCCCUCGGGGGUCCCCAUCCAGGCACCGGCUUCAGCUGGCGUGGAGGUCCUGGGGGAGCCCUCACUGACCAGCAUUGCGGUGUCCACCUGGACAGCAGUGGCCUCGCAUCCCUUCCCAGGCUGGGGUGGCCCCGGAGGGGGUGGGCGCCACUCCCCCUCCUCUCUGGACAGCUAG